UCAGAUUAACAGGAAGUAAAUUGUCUUGUGGUGAAGGAGGAUGUGGUGCUUGUACUGUAAUGCUGUCAAAAUAUGACCACGUGGACAAGAAAAUAUCUCACUAUGCUAUCAAUGCGUGUUAUACCCCUGUAUGCUCUGUACAUGGAAUGGCUAUCACCACAGUGGAAGGUGUUGGAUCAACAACAAAAUUACACCCAGUGCAGGAACGUCUCGCCAAAUCGUAUGGAUUGCAGUGUGGGUUUUGUUCGCCAGGAAUGGUAAUGUCAAUGUACACUUUGUUACGUAACAAUCCAGAGCCAACUGCCUUGCAGAUAGAACACUGCCUUGGAGGUAACCUAUGUCGAUGCACUGGAUAUCGACCUAUUUUGGAAGGGUUUAAGACAUUUGCUCAGAAUGGUUGUUGUGGAAACCCAUCUGCCUGCAAUGCCAGUCGUCAAGACGAAGACAAUGUUUUGAGCCGAUUAUUUGAACCCAGUGACUGCACACCUUACGACCCAACCCAAGAAGUGAUAUUUCCACCGGAGUUGCAGACAAGUGAUGAAUUGCAUACUAAAACGGUGCGGUUUGUUGGGGAAUCUCUGGACUGGAUCCGACCUACCUCCUUAGAAGAACUACUCAUAUUGAAGACUGAAUUACCUGCGGCUAAAUUGGUGGUUGGCAAUGCUGAAGUUGACCAACAACUGAGAAAUGUAGCAGGUAUUGGUAGUCAUAUAAUGAGUGCCAGUCCUUUAUCUGAUAUCAAUCCCAUGUUGAUCGCUGCUGAGGUCACUCUUAAUGUUGCUUCUCACAAAGAUGGCAAGAGAACCGUAUCCCUGGACGAUAAAUUCUUUACUGGAUUCAGGAGUACAUGUCUAAAACCAGAUGAUGUUUUAGUUAGCUUGACAAUUCCGUGUUCGAAAAAGGGUGAAUACUUUGGAGGAUACAAAGUUAAAAAUCAAGUUCAUCGUCGAGACAGAGACGUGGCCAUGGUAAGUGCUGGCAUGAAAGUAUUAUUCCAAGACAACACUGAUGUUAUCAAGAAUAUAAACCUUUCUUUUGGUGGAACUGGACCUACUGUAGUCAUGGCAACAGAAGUAAUGGGUCGAAUUCAAGGAAGGAAAUGGGAUGAGUGUUUUCUCAAUGAUGUUCAACAAAUGUUGGUAGAAAGUGUGCAACUGUCGGCAGAAGGCGGGUUUUUAGAAUAUCGAAGGAAUCUGUUGCAGAGUUUCUUUUUUGAAUUUUAUCUACACGUACAAAAUGGGCUUAAUCAGGAACUACCUGACACUGUCACACCAGUGCCGUCAUCAUAUAAAUCAGCUCUAACCCCACUUGAGAUGCCACCUAGCAGCAGUACACAGUUGUUUCAGGAUGUACCAAAUGGACAAUCAGUGGAUGAUCCAGUCGGUCGACCAAUCAUGAAUGAAUCAAGUUUACAGUUAGCCACUGGGGAAGCUAUCUUUUUAGACGAUAUCACGCCUGAAGAAGGUGAAUUGCACUUGGCACUUGUGACAAGCAAACGUGCAUGUGCCAAACUUGUAUCCAUUGACGCAUCGGAAGCAACGUCACUCGCAGGCGUUAGCUGUUUUGUUGGGGCGUCGGAUGUCCCUGGAAAAAAUGCAUGGAGUUCAUUAAACCCAGAUAAUUUGGAUGAUUUUAUUUUUGCCCCAGACGAAGUUUUGUGUAUUGGUCAAGUUAUUGGUGGAAUUGUUGCAGACACACCCCAGUUGGCACGCAAAGCAUCAAAAUUAGUGAAAGUCGAAUAUGAAGAACUGGAACACAUUCUUACUGUUGACGAAGCCAUUGACAAAGAAUCAUUUAUGCAUCCAAUUCGAUGUUUAGAAGAAGGAGACUUGAACGGGGAAUUCAAAAAAUCAGAUUUUGUGGUAGAGGGCGAAGUUCGUGUUGGUGGUCAGUAUCAUUACUACAUGGAGACCCAGUGCUGUAUUGCACAACCAAAAGAGCGCGGUGAAAUGGUGGUGACUGCGUCAUCACAGACAAUGUCAAAUACACAGGUACGUGUAGCAGCAGCUCUUGGUAUACCAGCAAAUAAAGUGACAUGUAAGAUACGGCGUGUUGGAGGAGCAUUUGGUGGUAAAGACACACGUACACUGAAUUUCGUCAUGGCAUGUGCUGUGGCUGCGAAAAAGGCUGGAAGGACCGUUCGUCUAGUCAUCGGGCGAGAUUUGGAUAUGCAAGCUGUUGGAAUGAGGCAUCCAGUAGUAGGCAGGUUUAAAGUCGGUUUCAACAAAGACGGCAAGCUUCGUGCACUCGAAAGCGAGAUCUUCUACAAUGCAGGAUAUUCCUAUGACUUAUCAAUGGUGUUAGUAGAAGCCGGGAUGCACCAAUUACAUAAUGCAUAUGCGAUGCCUGCAUAUAAAUUGACUGGGAAGGCAUGUCAAACUAAUAUUCAAUCGAAUACAUCAAUGAGAGCAGCUGGAACAGUGCAACCUAUGGCAAUUAUUGAAACAAUUAUGGACACUGUGGCGAUAAAGUGCGACAUAUCUCCAUCGAAGAUCCGAGAGAUAAACCUGUAUAAGGUUGGCGAUACAGACCACUUUUAUCAAGACAUGCCAGAUGUGAUGAAUCUAAAACGAUGUUGGGAUGAGUGCCUUGUGAAAAGUGGUUUCCACAUACGUAGACAAGAAACGGACCAGUUCAACAGAGAUAAUCGUUGGAAGAAACGAGGACUCGCUAUCGUUCCUAUCAAAAGAAUGACGGGUCUUCCGGGUUCAUUCCUGAAUCAAGGCGCUGCAUUGGUGCAUAUAUAUAUGGAUGGUUCAGUGUUACUUACCCAUGGUGGUAUAGAGAUGGGUCAAGGGUUACAUACCAAGACUAUACAGAUUGCAAGUCGUGUUCUACGUAUACCCUCUGAACGCAUUCAUAUCAAUGAGACCAGUACCGAUAAAAUACCCAAUGCGACUCCUACUGUUGGUUCAUCGGCAACUGAACUCUUUGGCAGUGCUGUGAAGAUUGCUUGUGAGACAUUGAUGGAUCGACUGGAUCCAUUCAUGAAAGAAAAUCCCAAAGGCUCAUGGGAACAAUGGGUUAGUGCAGCCUAUUUCAACAGGGUGAGCUUAUCGACUACCGGGUUUUAUAAAUAUCCAGGGGAAAUUGGUUUCAAUUGGGAAGAUCAUCGCGCCAGUCGGCUGGUGUACAACUUUAUAUAUGGGGCUGCUUGCUGUGAAGUUGAAAUCGAUUGUUUAACCGGUGAUCAUCAGAUGAGACGUGUUGAUAUUGUUAUGGAUGUCGGGAAAAGUUUAAAUCCAGCAUUGGACAUUGGACAGAUUGAAGGUGCUUUCAUGAUGGGAUAUGGUUUAUUUGUUGUGGAGGAAUUACGAUAUUCACAACGAGGCGAACUACUGACCAGGGGACCGGGAAUGUAUAAAAUACCAUGCGUCAGUGAUAUACCAAGACAGUUCAAUGUGCAUUUAUUGAAAGAUGCUACUAACCCAAAUGGUAUCUAUUCUGCCAAGGCAAUUGGAGAACCACCAUGUUUACUUGGAGUGUCGGCAUUGGUUGCCAUUAGAGAUGCAAUAUCCUCAGCUAGAUCAGAUAUCGGUCUCCAUGGCAACUUCCAGCUUGACUGCCCAGCGACACCUGAAAGAAUCCGCCUCGCUUGCAGUGAUGAAUUCCCAAAACCUGACAAAAAGGCAACCUGUAGUGAUGAUUAUUUUGUUAGACCAUAG